AGGACGUCUGAUUGUGACAUUAUUCAUCACCCACCAUCCAUCUGCAAACAAUCUAAGUUCAGCAAUCUGAGGAGGCUCCGCUGAUUCUGCUCAUCUCUGAAUCUGUCCCAGCUGAGAGACAUGGAAUCCUACAGCUCAACUGUUUCUGAUGAGUGGAGGCUGGUCCUGAUUGGGAAGACCGGGUCGGGGAAGAGUUCAGCAGCAAACACCAUCUUGGGCAGAGAAGCUUUUGAGUCUGAACUGUCUGCUACUUCUGUGACAUCUAAAUGCAAGAAAGAGAGAGGAGAAGUUGGAGAUAAAAAGGUGGCUGUCAUCGACACUCCAGGGCUGUUUGACACCAGUUUAACAAACGAAGACGUGUGGAAGGAGAUAGGUUUGUGCAUCGGUUUGUCCUCUCCUGGUCCUCAUGCCUUCCUGGUGAUCCUUCAGCUGGGGAGGUUCACAGAGGAGGAGAGACAAACCGUGAAGAUGAUUCAAGACACGUUUGGUGAAGACGCAGAUAAAUACACGAUGGUGUUGUUCACUUAUGGAGACAAGCUGAAGAAACAAACCAUUGAAGAGUUUGUUUCAAAGAGCAAAGACCUGCAGGACAUCAUUCAGAAGUGUCAUGGCCGUUACCACGUCUUCAACAACGAGGCAAACCACUUGUCACAAGUCAGUGACCUUCUAGAGAAGAUAGACAAGAUGAUCGAGGACAACGGCGGGACGUACUACACCACAGAGAUGUACCAGAGAGCAGAGGAAGAAAUAAAAAAAAAGAAAGAACGAAUCCUGAAAGAGACUGAGGAAAAAAGAAAGAAAGAGCUGGAGGAACUGAAAGCCAAAUAUGAAGGGGAGAGGUUGAAGAUAGAAGCAGAAAAUAAGAGACUCAGAGAUGAGGCUGAAGCAAGAGCUCUGGCUGAAAGCCGAAAUACCGUAAAACCCCAACGCAGACGCUGCGUAAUCCUUUGAGCAGCUGAAGAUAUCUGGUUUAACAGCAACUGUGACAGUUUGGAUUCUAAUCAUUGCUGAGCGUAAUAAGCGAAUAAAGUUGAUUCCUUUAUGCUUCAUUUCAUUUAUUGUAGUAGUGCUAAUGCUGCUUUAGUAAACCAAUGGUUUCACACUGUGCCCAGAUGGGAAACGACUGGCUGUCAACUGAUCAAAGAGCUGAUUGGCUCUUAGAUUAAACAACAAACAACACGUUUUUAGAGAAUUCUAAUUUUCUCUGUAAUUGUAAUCUUUAACACUAGAUUGUUGGCUAUUAGUCUCAUGUUGUGCAUUAAAGGUCUAAUCUACAAC